ACAUUUUGAUUUUGUACAUUCAGUGCCUCUGAAUACUAAGCUGGAACGAACGUUUCUCCUGUUAGAAGGAUUUCAAAAUGAACAGUUGUUGAAGUUUAAUACUAGUAGUCCCUUGUGAUUUCCUAGUGCUGUUUGCGGUAAGAAUUAACUGAAAUUAUAGCAAAUGCUGAAAACUUUUUACCUGUAAUUUCACUGACUUUUAUAAGAAAAAAAUUAUAAGGAAAUUUAUAAUUAUUGUAAAUUGUACUCAUUCUGCUUAAAUCAAGCCCGAUUUCUCAAGUUGUAAUUUAUUUUUACGGCCAAUAUUUUCUCUCGUUGUGUAAUUGCUACAUAAUCGACCUUCGCAAAAGCGUAUGUUGCUUAUAUGCAUGACUCACACAGUCAUCUGGCAUUACUCCGGCAGUGCUCACAUGUCCGUCACGCAGCCAUUUUUCGAAACUCCAGCAGCACUUGAAGUGCAGCUAGUUAGCCAUUUCUGCAACCCUUACAAGUCACUAAUGCAACGUUGCACGACUCAGCGACGCACAUUUCAUACAGGAAGUUGUCACUGGUGUACUAUUUUCUUUGAUUAUAAAAGCAUAAGACAUGAAUAUUAACAUUAGCUGACAACUGACGUUUGCUUAUCUGUAAAAUGAAAUUAUUUUUCAAAAUUUCAGUCUUUCAUAAACAACACUGCAAAUUGUCAUAGUACUGCUAGAGCUCUAGAAAUGUUUUUGAUAAUAUUAAUUAGAACAUCAAGUAUAAAAUGUAUUUUAUAAUUAAGCAAUUAAGCUAGAUCACACUUGGUAGACCACACCAUAUGAGCACUGCUGGAGUAAUGCCAGAUGACUGUGUGAGUCAUGCAUAAAAGUGUGGUCUAUUGCUUUUAUAAAAUAACUUCAGGUAAAACUAUGAGUUUACCGGCACAAUAAUCCAUAGGUUUUUAACCAAUCAGAACAUUCAUACUGUCUUAGAAAUUUUAUAAAAUAUAUAUAUUAUAAUUUAUUAGUAACUGAUUAUUUUAUUAUUGAAUGUUGCUUAUCUGUAAAGUUACAUAAGUCUUGUAGAAAAUUUCACAAUUUUUCGUAAAGAAUAAUGCAUGCCAAUUGUCAUUGGUUUACUAUUACAGCUCUUGAAAUAUUUUUGAUAAUAUCAAGAAAAACAUUCAUCUAUGUUUUAAGUUAUGCUUUUGAGUGGAUUUAAUUUCAUAUAAUAAGAUAUCAUUUUCUUCAAAAACUAAGGCAGUAGCCUCAUGCAGUCACAGACUGCCUUUUAUUGUUGUUGUCUCUUAACCUUAAAGUACCUGUCAGAUAUUCAGGUGGAUAUACAAUGUUUAUUGUUUUAAACACAAUAAUUAACUAACUUAAACUUAACUGUGCUUACCAGUGUAUUAAAUAAUCUUGUGUCUACCCAACAAAGUCUUUUGGUCUUGAAGAGUCUUUUAGUUUGAUUCAUAUUGUGCUAAACAUAGUGUACCAAAUUUUUACUUGCUCUUCAGGAAAUUUCUUGAGAAUGUGCAAUGCUGCACAACAACGCUCAAGACACAAGAUGUUGAAACUGUUCUGAAGCCUAUAAACGGGGUUCUCAAUUCGGGAGGUGGCAUUGUAGAAAUUAAGAUCGAUGGCUUCUCAAAGUUAAAACCUGAAGACCUAAACAAGCAUCUAGAUACCUUUUGGUCAGCACUACAGCCAAAACUGAUUCUAAUGGUCCAGCCAUCAGCAUAUGCUGAUAUCUUUGAUCAACAACGUGAGAAAGACACAAUUCGUCUCUUCAUCAGAGCAACAGAGCAUUUUUGCACAGUGGACUACAAUUUGUAUUUACCUGGUGAUGCAGGACUGUUGCUACCCCCCAAGCAGAAAGUGGUCGCUUUAUUGUCUGAGAGAGAUUCAUUUAAAGAGAAAACAGAUAGUCCUCAGGUUCCUUUAGCAGACCUUAUUUCUUUGGUUCCUGAACAAUUCAUGUAUAAGGAGGUACUGAAUUUUCAUGAAUCCAAACAAGUGCAGCUGAAAUACUACACAUCGAAAAAUGAACUUUUUCACAACAAUAACCGGAAGGCUCAAGAUGAGAUUGCAAAACACAUCUCUUCCUUUGGAAAUGGAAUUGGAGGCGUAAUUCUCAUUGGUAUUAAAAACAAUGGGGAGGUACGUGGCCAAGGUAAGGAAACGGGUUCAAAAAAAAAGUUGGAGAGUGAAUUCAAGGAGAUGGUCAAAGAGAUGAGUAAGACGUGGAGCUUUACGCCCACGCAGGGGAAACAUUGGAAUGUUACGUUCGUUCCCGUCACUGGUGCCGAAGAACCAAGGUCUGUGAUAGCAAUACUUAUAGCUGGCAUGCAGAACUUGGGUGGCAUUUUCACAAAAUGCCUAAAGAGCUUUGAGCUGCAGGAUGGUUCUGGAGGUGGUGGAGCAGAGAAGGUUGUCCUCCUUAAUUUUAGUCAGUGGAAGCAGAGAAUGCUCAAAGACACAUGCAAAGGUGAAAGUAAAGGUGAGUACAUUUCAGUUAAUAAUGGCCAUCACUGAUUACCUUACCUAAGGUGAUAAGUAAUUUUCUCAAGGAAAAAAGUGAUUGUUAGUAGUUCCAUUAGCCUGUUUGUGAGUGGCAUGGAUUUGAAGUGGAAGAGAGAAAGUGAAAGAACGGGAGAAUGGGAUGGACAUGCACGGAGGCGAGAAAGGCUCAACAUGUACUUAUCCAGGUUCUCAUGCACCUUGAUUCCCUCCACUUCAAAUUUGGUCCAACUCACACAUGUCCUCGAAUCCUGACCACCCCUCAACCUGCUGAUAACAUGGUAAUCUUCUGCUAGCACACACCUUUUUCCAUGUUGUUGACAUUUUUGUUGAUAACAAUUGACAAUUUAUUGGCUGAUUAAAUAAUGCACUAGCUAGUAUACACUUUAUUAUGCCACAGUGCACGUGGUUAGGUUGAAAAUUCCAGAAAAUUAUUUUCUUCUUUCUUAUCGAAGAAGCGGAUUCUAGUCUGUGUUUGAAAAUUUUAAUCACAGUACACAAUUAAGAAGACAAAAAUCGACUGACAGAGAUUCGAGAUGAGAGAAAACAAGUGAUUCCUUCAACAAAUAUUAGCAAACAUACCUGCACCUGAUCAUCUAAACAAGCUCCUUGGCCACUUGCAGUGUUUUUUUCAAAGACCAAUGAAAGAAAGAUAGAAGCGACUUCGAGCCAGACACAAUGUCCAGUUUUUGAAAGACUCCAGCGUCACAUUAGCGAGCGAAUGACCCACUAAACUUUUUCAACAUGGCACAUUUGCAUCUAAAUUUUGCUUUCUACGGUGGCCUAAAAGGCUCAAACACAAAUCAAUUUCCCAAAACACGUAACAGUUUCCCAAAACACAAAUCAAUUUCUCAAAACACAAGUCAGUUUCCCAAGCACAUAACAGUUUCCCAAAAUAUGUUUUCCAAAACACAAAUCAAUUUCCCGAAACACAAAUCAAUUUCCCAAAACACAAAUCAAUUUUCAAAAGACUGGGCACUACAUUUUUAUGAACGAGAUGGCCUGGAAAGAAGAGUGAUGAACUCGGGUCCAGGGUCUUUCGCGUCCAAUAUGGCGACUACAUGUCAUUCGUGCAAUUUUGUGUCCUUUUAGUCCUAUUAAGAUGUUUUGCGGUCACUGCGGCAGUGUUGUGAAGGACACUUUUAAAUUUUGCGUAAAGUGUGGAAAUUCUACCUCCAAUAACACUGAAACUCGUUCUUCCGCGUCCGAUUCGACCAGCAGUAGGAAAGGGAGAGCUGUGUGUGCUACAUCUGGAAUUGCCAAAUCUGAUUUAACCUUAAUUUCUUCUAAGCCUGUUCCUACUUUGGACACCUUUAUGAACAAUAAAAAAGGAGAGAGAAAGUCGCACUCCAAAAAAAGAGCAAGAAGAGUAAGAGGAUGACUGAGAAAGAAGACCCACUUGUAACCGUCAACAUUUUGCAUCAUGCGAUAUAUUGAAGAGGAAAAUAUGCUCAAGCCCCAAUGAGGCAAAUCUCUUCCUGUAAGAAUUGGUAGAACAGCGGAUGGGGAGGAGCUAUUAAAGUUAGCAGUAGCAAAGGACUCGAAGCAUAAUGCUAAUGAAACAAGAAUCGCCGAAAGGCGAUUUUUAACUGGGCUGCAAAGGGGCUAUUUUUUCUGAAGGGAGGGGGCGGCUAUACACACUCAGGCUACCAUAAAACCUUGUCGGCAACCAUUGCAUGCGACAGAACCUCAUGUGAGACUGAAACAUAAACUCAUUCAGAACAUUGUACCCUUUUGAAAGACUUUCGUUACCAAAAAAAAAGAGUACCAUUUUUAAGUGGGGGCUGUAUAAUAACUUUUAAAUUCCACCAUUAUGAAUAAAAAUAAACAAGUUAGCCAUUAAUUCUAAACAGGAAACAAUUUGCAUUAUUUCCACGUACCCCUCCCCCAAUCCUUCUGUGCCCCAAAAUAUAACGUGACAGUAUAACGUGACUAAUUUGACGUAACUGGAAAUUCCAAAAAUUGUUGUCGUUCUACGGGCAGAAAAUGCGACAGACUGAGCUGAUUUACACUAGACAGAAAUAUUGUAUUGUAUGAAAACCAGAAGUAUACUAAAACAGACAGUUAACUGCCCAGUGAUCCCGCCUGAUCCAGGGGCCUCACUGACUGCACGGAGACUUUACUGCGCUUUUCACAAACAUGCGAACUCUAAAGUUCAAAAGCCACCUUCACAAUUGUGUUUAUCGCUGCCGUCAAUCAUAAUUACGAUCACAAGCAACGAACCUUGAAACAGAGAAACACACAAAACGGAUCGAAAUCCACAAAUCACAAACCAUGACCUUUUGAACCCGUGAAGUAAAGUUUUGUUUCCUAAGAGGUCCGUUAAGAUGAUUGACAGCAACGAAAAACGCAAUCGUCGGUUGGCUUCUGGACUUCAGAAUUCGCAUGCUUGUGAAAAGUGCGAUCCUAAUUUGCGGUCCACAGUCUACAAGAAAACGCACUAUUUUUUCCACAAGAUGAAAAAUUUUCAGUUUUAAGAUUUUCCCCAUGGUAUUUUUCUCUAACUUAAAGGAAUAAAAUCCUUUGCAUUUUGAGACCUAAAAAAGUUUAAAGAUUUCUCGCUCGCAUGUUGCGUGCGCCAGCACGCACUUCAAACAAUGUAAAUAGAUGAAACGAUCGAUAACAUAUUUUUUACCUGAUACCGAUGCGAGUUAAAAAUUCGCUCCAGUUCUGUUUGUCUCACCCAAGACGAACUUUUCUUCAUGGAAGAUAACUAUGCCGCUUUAUAACUCGUCCGAAGUUUUUGUGCCAGCUAAACAAUAUGGAAACACUAUUCACAGUGACUCCUUGGAUAUUAAAAAGACUGAACGUGACGCACUAUUAUGCCUUUGUUUACUUCUGAUCACAUCUUCAAGCGAAGUCUCUCUUUUCAAGCGAUUCAUCUCAAUGCACAAUAAUUGACCCUUAUAUUAGUUAAAACCCUAUGGUUCAUUUAUAUUAAUGCUGUUUUUGCCCCUCACAUUGACUGUGUUCGUUCGUAUUCAAAACACCUUUACGAAAAUAAAGGUCGUAUAAGUCAUGUGUGUUAUGUUUCGAGAUAAAUGGAUUAUACGGUUGUUUAAGUUUCCAUUUUGCGGUGACUUCAGUUCACAUCUCCAUAAAAUGGUAAAAGAAAUAUCAAGAAACAUCACGAGAGCUGAAAACUUUCAAAGGCAUGUUUCUGAAACUCGCUUAUGCUGACAUCAAUAUGGCGUGCUUGCUGAAUGAGCGAAAACACAGAAUUGUGAUCACAAGAUCAUGUACAAAUUUAAUGAUAAAAGCUUAGCAAGAUACAAAUACAAACAAAAGCAAAUCCCCUGAGACCUCGACGUGGGCUACACUUGUAUGCUCUACUCAGUCACCAAACCUUGUCAGUAAUAGCUCCUAUUUUCCUCAAGUCGCUCUCUGUGAAGCUCCCGGAUGGGAUGUCCCGGUGAAGCUUUAAACUUGUGUGCGAAAUUCUCAGAGUCCCUAUUGUUGUCCGUGUCUUCUUUAUCCUCAGUAUCCGAAAUUUAGACCUCCAAAGUGGCGUGUGUUGCAUUAAAUAGAAGGAAAUAUUUAAAGGAAAAGCCAGUCUUCUAACAUGGCAAAGUUGUCACGUCCCUCGCUCAUGGACGUGCGUAGUGCCAUUCAUCGGCAACUGAGUUGUUCGCUUCACUGACUACGAAGGCUUACAAUCAAGUCUUCAGCCAUAGUGUCGUCAACUGGUGAAAUACCUUGCUCAUAAAUUGUGCUUCUUAAUUGCUCAUGUACUACAUCGAUCGAUAAUUCUCUCUUUGAGUUCACGAAGCGGCCACGGCGUUCCAAACCUGACGCUCACAGUCAUCUUUUAGUGUGAACCUACCGUGAACGGCGUGUCGGUUUGAAUGCAGCGCGAGCAUUUUUCUGAGUUUCCCAGCGCCAACAUCAUCUAACUGACUUAAACUCGAACAAUAAAAAAAAUAUAGAGUGACUCCCAUGAUCGAAUCGCUUCGAACAACGCAAAUAACCUUCUUCAGGUUCGCAACGCUUUGUGGGUUUUUCAGGGGGAGCGCAGACGAGGUACAAAAAGUAUCCGUGCAAGGGUUCGUGCAAGAGUAGCCUGCGAAAACAUCCGUUUCUCCUCGCUCUUCGUCGCUGGGGACGUUUCGCUCGGAGGAACGUCUGCGACUCAGCGACAGAAAUUCCAUACUGAUGACGCAAAUCAAUGUUUACAUAAUAAAUCCGGUAGUCAUGGGGUUCCAAAUAUAAACUAGAACCACUACGUGGAACUUACCGGGGCCCAGUGGGACACGGGAUUGCAUAGAUAUAGUUUACCUCGCGCACCCCUCCCCCCUCCUCUGUGGAGGCUAAUACUUAGUCUGAAUUAACUCAUGCAGAAGAAAAGCAACAAAAUGCAUGAGAAAGGAGGAUGUUGUUGGAAGUUUGUUUCAGUGUUAUUACAGCUAACGGUCUGUGUUAUAGUAGUGUUUUUAGCAACACUGUGAUGUCAAUAAGUGUGAUCUGUAUAAGGUUUUCAUUUGUUUUUAAGUUUGAGUGAAAAAGCAAAAAUCACUGACAGUUUUGGGUUGAAUGGUAAUGACAAAGUUUGCAAAGAAAUUUGUUACAGAAUUAUCACAAUUUCACAUUUUCUCGAGUACGUCAUCAUCAGGUUUAUCAUUGAGAUUUAUUGCGAAAAUACUGUGAAUUUGAAAUGAUAACAGACAUAAGACAUUUUUGAAAUAGAUCUUUGUGGUCAUGGAUUGUUGUCUUGCACUGUAAAAAAUGUCAUCCAGUGUUAUAUAUAGACAUAAUAAAAUGCUUAUUUAUUGAUCACUGAGUAUCAUUUGUUAAUUCAUUGCACAUUGAAAUGGAGGCACUUGAUUGUAAGGCAGUGGUUGAUACAUAGUAGCAUUCAUCAAUAUGACCUAUAAUAAUUGUAGAGGAAGUAUUUCUUUCCUGAACUGGGUAGACAGUAGUAUUAUCUGCAACUGCUUGAAUGAUAAGUGCAUCAGCCCAUGUACCUUGAAUACACAUAUUAUUCAGAUGUCGUAGCCAUGAAUUUUCGGUAUUGCUCUCAAUAAAUCUCUCUGGAUUGUCUCUCAUAAAUUGAACCCCAGCAGUACGUAUAUGCAUAUGAUGGUUGCUAUUGCCAUAUAAUUGAUGUGAUACAGAUCUAGAGAAACAAUCACCUGCACUGCCAACAUCUAUUGAUUGUAAACAAAGUGCACCUAAUCUUGACUGCAUCAAAUUCUCAGAGGAAAUAGGAGAGUUCAACUGCAUUGUUGAGCUGUGAUUUUGCAUAGAAGGUCUAAUUAUUACUUCAUGAUGAUCAGUGUUGUAUUGAGCUAGUAGGUCCUGGAUUCUUCUCAACAUCUUUACUUAGUUUGAAAUUCACAUAAUUGGUCAUUAUGACUCACACAAUUGCAAGAAAACAAUGAUAAAUAUCGACGUGCUUUACAUUUUAGUUUCAUUUCCUGUGACAAUGCCUGCUAAAGAAAGACAACAAAUAAGCUUUCUUGGGUAUAGCCAUUUUAUUUAAGUUAAUUAUCUUUGGAUCGCGUUUGUUGUUACAUUUAUAUCGUGCAUGAUAAAGUUUUCUCACCUUAUUAACAUAGCGAUGGAGCUUUGAAGACUUCGGUAUGUCAAUCAUUGAAAUCUUUUUGAAGACAAAUUUUGAUAAGUGUUCGCUUUGAUUCUCGAUAAAUUUCAUGAUGGAAGGUUCACUCAAUUUCUGGAUAAGUUUCACGAUGGAAGGUUCACUCUUCAGUGAUCGCUCGUAAAUUUGUCUCUCCAAAUAUUCACUCUUAAAUUUUCGCUCAUAAACUAGUGCAUCGUAAAGGCUGGGGAACGUGUCGUUUCCCCAAAAGCUAUAAUCUUUCUCUUGACUGUCCUCCAUGCCUCGUUCUUUUCAAAAUGGCGGAUAAGAUUUCAAUGAGCCAGCGAUAUAUCUCAGUCAGCGAUAUAUCCCUAACAAUGUAACGUUGAAAAAACGGACCGUCUGCAUUUUAAGACCGGUGCCAGCCUUCGGCUGGGCCCCGGUAAUUAGUCUAAUUUUGCGUGUCUUGUGGUCGAUUUUGGUAAAGUGUUGUGUUGAUCUGCCCACGAGCUCCAGCAAAAUUCAAAUGCUUCUUCUACAGAAGUAUAUAUUCCACAAAAAUUGACUGUUUUGUUAGAGAUUCUUCGCGUUUACAUUUGACCUUUGUGGCCUUUUGUUUUUUGUCUGUCAUUCAUAAUCAAUAGCUAAAACAAUGUAACUGCUGCGUCGACCAAUCGGCGCUUCUGACCGGAUUCCGGACAGAUUUUACGUCAUCAGUAUGGAAUUUCUGUCGCUGAGUCGCAGACGUUCCUCCGCGCGAAACGUCCCCAGCGACGAAGAGCGAGGAGCAACGGAUGUUUUCGCAGGCUAGUGCAAGAGAAAAUCCUAUGAAACCAUUUGUGAGAACAUCGUUUCUCGGUACCAGACCCUCGUGUCUUCCCUCCCCCGGGAGGCCGUUUUUCGCCGCACACGACCGAAAGCCCAUUUUAUGACUGGGCCGCACAGGCAGCCCAGUAAUUACUCAUAGCUCUCCUUUGGCCUACCAAUUGCUUUACCCAGAUGGGAUAGAAGUGAAUAAACUUGGAGAAUCCGACCAAGCAUUCAGCUUACAAGAAUACAAAGCUGAACUCGUUAAACCCUAAACAGGAUAACAUUUAUCUUUGUUCUUCAUCAGAUUACUGUGAUCAUAGUUUCAAAGGUUUUGCUGACACAAUUUCUGAUGACGGAGACGACCAGAAUGACAUUGAGAAGGAUUCUGAAGACCUAAGGGAACCAACACAAACAAAAAUAACCAAGUACACUGACACUGGCUUUGCUAAGACAACCACCACUGUUAAAGCAUCAGAUGCAAACUCUGUUUCUGUUAAACCUGGUUCUUAUAUUGCAACUAGCCUUUCUGAUCCUUUCACAACAAGUGAUAUACCCACCUCUCUUCUUGGUAGUUCAUCUUCUGGUUCAUGUACUACUACAGCAUGUAACAGUUCUGGAUUUGAAACACUCAAAGAAAUUUUUCCACAGCUCCCUGAAAAGAAGACAUUUGAUGUUUUCAGCAGUAGCCAAGACACUGAAAAAGCUAUUGCCACACACUGCGAGAAUGCAAAUGGAGGAUUGCAUGACUCACUUCAAUCAUAUGCUUCUGUCCUUGACGUAGAUUUUAGUAAUGAGCUCUAUGAUUCUGAAAAUGACAUUAUCUUUGGUGAGGAGGAGUCUGAAUUUUCUAAAACUGAUGAAAGUGGAGAGCAUGAAAUUGAGGACCAGCAGAGUUUAUGUGAGAAAUUGAAAGAGCUAUUCCAGAAAUGUAGCAACUCAGGAAAAAAGAUAAGGCUAAAAGUAAGAAGAAGUUGCCUGUGGGAGGAUACUCUGGCAAAAAUCAAAAGGAUAAACCAUGAUUGCUUGAAUGGUAUUCUAUUCUGGUAUUAUUGGAGAACCUGCAGUAGACGAGGGAGGACCUCGCAAAGAGUGUUUUUUUCCUGGUUCACAAACACAUGCAACAGUCAUCAAGUCUGUUCACAGGACCUCCUAGUAACCGUAGGUUUGUUCACAAUGUAAUGGCUCUUCAGAGGGAGGAAUAUCUUCAUUAUGGCAUUAUUUCAGGUCUUUCAGUGCUUCAAGUUUCACCUGGUCCUGUAAUGUUUGCUGCCGCUAUUGUAGACUACAUCGUGUAUGGUAAACUAGAUUCAGUCUCAGUGUCAGUCAGUGACCUGCCCAGUGGAAAAGUGAAGACAACAUUAGAGGAGCUUGAAGCAAUCGGUGAUCGUGAGAGAUUUAAGCAAGAAGCAUCCUUUAACACACCACUAAGAUUCAAAGCAGGAUACACAAAGCCCAUUGUAACUUUGGAAGACAGAGAUGAAUUUAUCAGGUGCAUCCGCUUACACCAUCUCAUUUUAUGUACACAGACUGAAAUUGACCAGUUUGUCAAAGGGUUGGCAACAAAUGGAGUCUUGGAUGUGAUCAGAAACAGUCCUAACCAAUCCCGCAAGCUCUUACAAUAUUAUGAACAUGAGAAGCUGACUGCUGAGGUUGUUGAUAAUCAGUUUCAGUGUGUCUUUAGCGUGGAAGGAAGUAACAAACGUGCUAAGGAGGAAGCUAUAGCCUUUAACUUUACACAUUACCUUGAGGAUGUUGAAGAAGGUUUGAUUACCACCACAGUCCUAGAUCCUGAGACAGAUGAAAUUCACACCAGUAAAGUUGAACUUGCACAUGUUCUUCAGUUUGUUACUGGAUGCCCUGCCUUACCUGCCACUGGAUUUGACACAAAUCUAACUAUUGUUUUUGACCAUGAAGAGAUCCAGAGGAAACUUUUAGCAAACACCUGUUCCUGUACCCUUAACAUUCCAGUUUGUGAUUUGCUUGCCAGUUAUGAGUCUUUUAAGAGUGAGUUCACAGAAUGCAUCUUCAGUUCACCUGGUUUUUGUUGAAGUGUGAAUCAAGUAGCAGUUGACUUUUGCUAUUUGUAGGUCUGGAUGAACAUGAUUAUAUAAUGUUAAAUUUUAACAACCAUCAUUAAUAAGCUUCAUGACUUUACCAGCAUGCAUACAUGUACCCAAGCAUAGUAUUUCUGUCUGUUUUGCAAAAGUCCAUGCUGCCUAUUUUGCAGAAGAGUUAAGUUUUACUUUCAAUGGAACUAUUAAUGGGAAAGGUUUUCAGAGCAAAUCAUUUUUAUAGAUGUAAGAGAUGGUCAAAGGUGUCAUUAAGACGCCAGUGUUUGUUAGAUAACCCCUUGGCUUCUGAGUUGUGUUCCUGUUUGCAAAUGCUGUUCUACUUGUUAUGCUUUGUUAGGUUAGUAUUCUUGUGCAUUUGAGACUGGGACUGAAGAGCACUGUUGGCAUUGUCUCAUAAAAAUAUGACUUUGGAAUUGUACAGUGUACAUCCAUUUGGCAAGAGUUAUUUGGGCAUGUGUCAAUCAAAUUGAAUUUUAUUUGGUGUCUUAGCAGACAAUAUGCACAAAUGAUAUUCUACAAACUGGUCAUAGAAAUCUUUAGACAGUACAAAUGUAUGUAAAAUUUGCCUAGUAUUUGCUAAAAUGGCAAAUGAAACUCACUGUAUCUAUCCUACUGCACCAUAGUUGUUUGGUCUCUUGUCUAUGGUGUUGUGAAGUGACACAGUAAAUAAACACAAUGUAUGUCUGAGUCAGACUUCUUGUGUAGGUGAAGUUAUACAUAUACUGGUUCUCACUGUUGUGUCAGUGUCUUUGAAAAAGUCAAUUUUAAGAUGGCAUUGUGAACCUGCAAAAAGCUCUUGCCAGGAGAGAACAGUUGUGGUUUAGUUCAUUUGGAGUACCAGUACAGAUCAGACAUGCACUAUUUUCACUUGUCAACUGACUAUAUUGUUAAAUAAUGUUCUGGUUAUUUGAUCUGUUAUAGAUAACAAUGUUCCAAUAUUAUUUUGUAUUGGAUGGUUUUUGCAUUCCAUAGUUGUGACAACAUUUUCAUCAGGUUAAUCAAGAAACAUUUUAUUGUGAUAAUUGGAGAAGCAUAUUUUCCUUUUGCAUUCAUGAUGAGUGGAAUAAUGUACAUGUAUUUUGUUUAGGACUCUGACCAUUACAGAGUCAUUUUUUAUCUUUGCUGUAGUUGCUCCAAUUGUUGGUUAUUGCUUGACAAUUCUCUUUGAAAAAUGUUUUGAGUGCAUGUUGUUGUUAUUGAUGACAAUUAUAAUACCAGAUGUAAUUACCAAUAAAGUGUUGACAUUACGUGUUUAUCAGGGCUGAAGUGUAUUAAAUAAUGUAGAAGUCCAGGAGUUAAUUUGGUUGUUUUAUAUCUCCUCCUUGAAAAUUUUAAGAAUCAUUCUCUUCAUUUGACAUUUUCAAGUAAAACUGGUUUUAUUAAAGAGAAAACCCUAUUCACCAAAAUGCUAUAAGCAAUCUACAGCAUACAGAAUUCAUGGAGACGAAGAAAUUAGAAAUUUAUAACAACGGUUUAUACUGACACUGAGAACUUAAUAAGCUACUUGUCCUUCACUUUUUCAUUAACUGUUAUAAGAUCACUGGUCUCUGUCAACUGUGGACCAGAAUCGAAUAGCUCCUACACUGCAACUCUUAUUAAAUAAGAAAACAGGCUCAAAGCUUCCUUCCAGUUAGAGGGCUUCGAAACAUUAAGAAGGGACAAAACAUGAUUAAAGUACUCCUGAAAAUCGUUGUUAAAAUCUGUUGCUUUACAUUUCAGCCUUGCUUCAUCUAGCUUUUCAGGGGACACUGGGUGUAAGUGGUUUGAAGCUCCAAAGUUUUCUGGAAGAUAAUAGAAUUCCUCUGGUUUCCCAGGAACUGUUCCAUGCCUUGAAUGCCGAAUGUAGUGUGUAUUCCAGUGAAACUUCCAAAGUCUAGAUCAUGCUGGAUUAAUUCUGCAAAGCAAAACCAUAUGCGCUCCCCAUGGAGCACAUCACCAGUCAGAAAUAUCCCACGAUCCACAAGGUCUUUAAAAAAGUUGAUCCACCAUGUUAGACGACUACGGCGGAGUUGGGCCCACCAGGCCUCUAUUCUUUGAUUUCCAGUAGAAGGACCAUAACGGUGUGAGUUUUCACCAGCUAACUCAUCAUCACAGUCAGCUCUUAAAAAACACUGUGUACCUGCAAUUACUACAUUCUCUGUUCCACAGUCUGUUCGGAGUAAUGAAGGACAUCCACCGACCUCCACAACGCAAUCUAAAAAAAACUUUGCAGUUAUUUCUGGAUCAUUAUUGGUUCUAUCUACCUUAAGCCACAUUACCAUGCGACUAUAGCCAUCAACAGCCCCAUGGAUGGGAAAUCCGAAAGGUUUCAGUUUAUCAUAACCAUCAACAUGCCAACAAUAAUUUGGUCCAGGAGACUCAUACUUCCUUCUUUUUAGCCUGUGGCGCUUCCUCUCUUCCACUCCAGCUGGGUCUAUCGUUCUGAUCAGGGAUUCUACCUCUUGCCUAGGGACAAACAGCCCAUACUUUAUACGAAGCAUAUGCCAAACUCCUCUGUAACCACAAAUGCCUCCUGGGCCAUCCAUCUCGUCUCGGAUUAAUUUCUCAACGGCAGGCAAAUUUAUAUCCACUUUAUUCCUUUUAAGGUUGUAUUCACAUAACCUUCUUUUAAAUGUUGACAUAGACAUUGGCAUGUCAUGGUACUUGUCAAGGAAGAGUAGAAUAACCCUUUAACUGAACCCACUAUAAAAGUAAGCCUCUAUUGCUUCUUUCUCGGUCACGUUUUCAGCUGAUAAUAAUAGCCUAACAGAAGGUAUAGCAGUGUCUAGUUUGGUUCCACACUGAAAGCAGUACAAAUAUUCAUCAAAAACUUGUUGGCCGCAGUUUUGGCAGAACAUUUUUCACGGUAACACCUGGUUAAAACAAUGAAAAUACAGCCCGUUCAGAUAGUCGCCAUAUUGGAUGCGAAAGACCCUGGACCCGAGUUCGUCACUCUCCUUUCCAGGCCAUCUCGUUCAUAAUAAGGUAGUGCCCAGUCUUUUGAAAUUGUGUUUUGGGAAAUUGAUUUGUGUUUCGGGAAAUUGAUUUGUGUUUUGGAAAACAUAUUUGUGUUUUGGGAAAUUAAUUUGUGAAUUGGGAAACCGUUAUGUGCUUUGGGAAACUGACUUGUGUUUUGGGAAAUUGAUUUGUGUCUGAGCCUUUUGGGCCACCACAGCUUUCAAUGGAAAGCCUUUAUAAUGUGUGCUAUUGUUUCCGUGAGCCAAUUAAAACUUUCAUUUUCUAACACCUGUCAAAUGACUGUCAAAUUGCUUGUCCUGCACUUCUUUCCGGUUCCUCAAACAGGAAGCCAUAAUAAUAAAAAUCAAAUAUGUGAUGGAUAAAGUCAAUAUGAUACUUCCAUGAAAGAUCUGAAUCAAUCAUUAUUCCCCAGUUUUUAGCAAAGUCCUUCAUCUCUAAUUUUUACUCAAGUAUUUGAAGUUGGAUUGAAGAUCUUGAUCUGAUCUUUAUUAUUUCUGGCAUAUUAUAUGUAUUAUUUGGUUGGUACAUUGGUACACGUUUAAAAAGCUACAGUCUAGGACAAAAAUGUCUAGAAUAAUGGCUGUUGCCAUGUCUAGUUUCAAAAUAAGACUUUUAAAAUACUGGCAAAAGAAAAUAAUACACAAAGUUGAACUCUGGCUGGAUCAUUUCUCCCCCUGACUGAACAACAUUGAUCAUCAGACAUGGUGCGGUGGGGGAAGGGUCCAUGGCGGUAACAAAUCUGCAAAAUGGGUGUCCUGUGGGUGGGUAAAACUGUUUUUCCAAGGUUGUAAAGUGGUCAAUAUCUGGAAUACAGUAAAACUCCACGACUAAGACCCUGUAUUAUAAGAACCUGGUAGGCUAAAGUUUGCCAGUUAGGCCUCCUCUACAAAAGAACCUGUUUAGCCAAAAAUUUGGAACAGGUUUUUAUUUUCUAAAAGCUAUGAAAAAAAUUCUGUACACUUCGGCAGUUAUUAGAUAAGUCAGCAUUCAGAAUCCUCUUUGGAGACAUAAGUGCCUUAUCACUCCAACUGCAAUUUAAACACCAGUGCGGUCAUUAUGCUCAAUGCUUUAGUUUUUCUUUCUUGGUUAUUUUUACCUAUCUUCAAAUUUGGUAUGCAGAUUUUAUAUGAGGAAUAAGCUGAACCACUAAAUGCUCUUAGCUAUAUUGUUUUUCUUCAGAAAAUAAGAGCCUAUUUAAGAACCUAAACAUCUUAAACGUGUACUAACUACCAAUUACAUAAGAACUUGUUUAGGCUAACUUGGAAAAAUCCAGGUCCUUUGUCGUGGGGUUUUACUGUAAUGUUUUUAAAGCCUUAACUUAAAACUGCUAUAUAAAAGGCUUGAAAACUGACUGAAAUGAACUUUUUUUUUCUAAGGUACCAGGGAAGCAAGGGAAAAAUUUACAGACAUGGUAAAACUUUCAAAAGGACCUUUGUGGCCUGUGCAAGGUGCUGUUGACGAGAUUGUGAAAGUGUUCUUUCCAGGUAUUUUUCAGUAAACUGUUAGUAGAUCGUCCCUACCUCUUCCCAAAGUAAUGACAUACACUGUUUAGUUAUAUAUAAUUUUUUUGAUGCAUACUAGGCUAGUGUUAAAUUUUCAAAGCUGUACAUUGUUUAUGGACCUUCUUGACUGUUGCCUUGCUUGAGGUUGUUUCUUUGUUUUUGCAGGCUGGAUCAGAAACUAUGUAACUCAGUAGUUUAACCUUUUUCUCUAUUUAUUAUCAAAGAUCAGUCACAGGUUUCUGAUUGUCAACACCCGUCCAAUAUACAAUGUAAUAAAUUAUUGUACAUCGAAAGCUGAAACUAGGCAUGGUUAGGAAACAUCUACAUCUACACUUUUUUAAGUCGGUAAAAAUCGCGACAUAUCACACCAACUGGUUAAAAAACGAAAUUAUGCAAUAAUAUAAAAUCUGAAUAAAACUAAUACAAUGGAAUAUUAAAAAUUAUUAACUAACUUAGGAUUAAAACUAUCUACGGGCGUUGUUUGGUAUGACUAUCAGUCAUUGCAUUGUUUUAAAUACUACGACCUCCUUCGUUUGCAUUGUAUCGUAAAGUUUAGUUACAAAAGCCCUUAUUUUCUGUAAAGAAAGCUGUAACAUGUUUUGAUAAUAUCAUACGCAGGGUUCUAUCCAGGGUAUUUGAGGGGUAGAAGCUUCCCCCCCCGAAAUGCUUAGCUUCCCACCCAAAAAUAUUGUUAUCAUUACAGUAAAUAAGUAACUAUGUCGGAAAAAUCAUCCAAACGCGACAAGGUCAGUGCACACACUGUAAAAUUUCUCAAAAUUGUGUCUCAAAAUGCACCAGAUUGCAUCUUAGCGCGUAUUCAUUUCCAAAAAUUUCCGGGGGAGCAUGCCCCCCACCCCAUAGGAAGAAAACUAUACAAAAACUUAAAAGAAAAUAGAUAACGUAAUGAAUCGAUUCAAGGGUUAAGUACCGAGUGCUAAACAAGAGAUAAUAUUCCAUGUAAUAUUCUAAGAAUUACUCAAAUCACGAGGGCCCUCUCCUUGAGUAUCAAAUGUGCAGUUCGUCACAAUGAACAGUAUUCCUUUAUCACCGCACAUAUUAAGUAAAUAGUCCGCUGUUUUGUAAUCAGUGUCUAGAAAGUCUGAUCAUUUUGGGCUCUGGGCCUCGUGUGCGUAUGUUAUUUUUCCUGUUAUUGAGAGAUACGUGACUGCAAAGAGAAAUGACAGAAAAAUAACUCACCCGUAUUAAUGUUAAACAACUUGUGUUGCACCGCAGCUAACUGCGAUAUUAUGUCUUGUUUUGAAAUAAACCGUCCCAGUUGACUUGAGUUUAUUGAACGUAUGUAGCCUGCAUAGCUGGAGCUUUUGUUGGGAAGGGGUGAUGAAGGGCGUGCGUGCGAGAAUGGGACUCAGUCGCCUGACAAAACCGCGAAAGUCUGUAAAAAAAAUCAAGUAAAAACGAAGGGUAUAUGUUACUGUCAUUUUUUACAUUUUCCAUUCAUUCACAAUUUUCACAUAGACCAUAAUGCAUCCUGUUUACCCCCCGCCCCCUAAAUUUGCAUAACUAUUGUUUCCAAUUUCUCCUGGGUAUUACAGUCGUCCCAAGAGAAAUCGAAGAGAAUGGUUAUGCAAGUUUUGGGGGUUAAACAAGGUGCAUUAUGACCUAGGUGAAAAUGGUGAAUUCUACAAAUAGAUCUGCGCCAUCGUGACUUAAGAAGUGUCAUUUCUUGCUGGUACUUAGAGUAAACCCUCUUAAGGUCUCCUCAUGCUAACAGCAUUUGUGCGUAAGAUUGUAUCGUGGUUAACAAGGUUUGAUUGUGUCUUUGUCAUUUUUUAUUUAGUUGGGCGCGGAUGUCAAGUGGUACCUAAAGGGUUUGAAUCAAACCUCCCAGAAGAAGCAAAACAAGUGAUACGAAAAAUACGAGAACAAACCACGAACGGCCUUCUUGUAGCUUCCUCCUCAAUACUGUCUGCUGUCCAAAAAGAAGGGAAACGUAAAGAAGAUGGGGUUGUAUGUGACUUACUCCUCUUAAGUGAGUCGCUUGGACGGCUCCACCUUAUCUCCCUUGUCAGCAGUGGAUCACAAGAUCAGUUCUUCCCGCAUGCCCGUGCUACAGCCAAAGCUGUGAAGAAAGCCUUAGUGAGGAACGGCGGCUGCUAUGAAAAGUUUUACAUCACCUGCCAGGUGGUGCUUUGCAACUGCGUAGGAACUGAGCCACUUGACAUAUCGUCUCCAGACAGUCGAUAUCCUAACGAGUAUCAUCUACGUUCAUCGCCCCAAGAGUUAGUGAAGAUCAACAAAAUCCUACAGUCACUAGUAAUAGUUUUGGCGCAGUUUCCUUCUUUUCUUUCCAACAAGCAGGGGUUAAAAUUUCUUAACUUGCUGACGAAGGAACAGUUUGAACUGCUGUGCAUAAUGAUCGACGUCGAGGAAAACAGAGAGCUAUGGAUUAAGGGUGUAGCUGGCACUGGAAAAACCGUGGUGGCUGUAGAGUUUAUUAGAAGGCUCCUCCUCCGUUACCCCAACCUUAAACCUGAAAACAUACUCUACGUUUGUGAGAGACCUGCAAUGCUUCCCCAAAUAAGGUAUGUUUCUUUCAAAUUCCAGGGUGAAGGGUUGGAUCACGUAGCCUCUUUACACCUCGCAUCCCCUUGCAGGGAUGGAAGGGAAUACGAUGACAACUGUCCUUCUGUUAAUUAACAUGAGGUCUGAGUUAACAUGGAAAUUUAUCUCUAGCCGGUUUCUUAAGCAGUUUGGUAACUUUCUUUAUAGCUGCUAUUACGGACCUCGGUGUUUACAGUCCUUUCUCUUUCUCGAUGUGUAUUGUGAGUAGACCACGGUAACCAGUUACUACACUUGGCGUUUAUCUCGUUUAUUCCACAGUCAGCUCGCGCGUUUAAUUGCUAAUAAAUCAUGAACCUUAAGUCCUCCAAUGAAACCACUCCAACUGCUCGGCAAUUGAACUUAAUCGAACGUUCUAUGCCAUCAUUCGUAUUACACUAGUAAGUCUCUUGUAGCUCGUACAAACAACGAAGAAUACAUUGUGCGUGAAACCAACAAAAGAACAUAUUUUUGAAAAAUAACUAAAUAAAUAUGAGGCGCACUCUGAUUGGCCCGAGAGGUGUGUUUGCACGAGAGUAUGUAAACAUAGUUGGGGUGUCCGUAAAACGAGGAACGCGGGAUACUUGGGGUUUGUGGAUGUUGAUGUCGUAUGGUGGAUGGGAAAAUGGGGAGAGAAAAAUGCGGAUGGAAAAACGUUCAGUUAUGAAAAUUGCGAAUAGAAACAAACGAAUUAAAAAUAAAAAAGUGAAAUCUUUGGUUUGCAGAACUAAGGCAAGUAAUUGGCAGGCGAGCUGCACGUUGGAAAGCAGCUGAAGGAAAUUUCAGUUUCGUUUAUUCGCAAGAGAGAAUGAGCUAAGAGAGCGAAUCUCCGUCCCCUAUGAUAAUUAUUUUAAAUCUUUUUAAAGUUCGCGCGCGUGCUGCGAAGGUUAUUUUUGGAUGCUGUUUCCGUGACCCGCCUUGUAUACUUUGAUGUGAACGUGACAUGUUUCGCCGCCAAACGUUUGAAGUUUGACAGCCGUUUAGCAAUUGGCGCACCACAGGUUAGCCUCAUUCAAAGGCAAAAGUAUAGUAGCACAUGCGAAAUACGAAACCGUCAGUAAGCGGCUAGCUUCAGUCGUUUAUGUAGCCUGUUUCAGGCGUUGGGAUAGUGGAGUGCGGCGGGAAGGAAGAGAGUGAGAAAAAAUAAGGAGGGAGAGAGAAGGUGCAAGAUAAUUUGUUCUCCAUUUUCAGGAAUUUCUACAAACAGCACACUUGCUUUUAAGAGUUUUUCUGUAGAGUUUAAACUGCUAACUUCCAAUACUUGCGAUGAAUAUUUCGCCGUGGGAAAAUAAAUCAGGUCACGAUGCUUGAAGCUGUUUAUAAAAACAGUCCCUACCCUGGGGGCCAGAGACUUUUUAAGCGCGGUUUCCGGUUUCUUUCAAGUCUUUAUAGUUGCCGCCGAGCCUACAUUGUACUUGAUCAUUCGUCUAACGCGUUCAAAAUUAAAAUGUUAGGCGGCCUAAAAUGUCAUCUUUGAACCCACUAAGAACAAAUUUCUUGUUAUGGUCCACGCCGGUUUAGAUCCAAACGCUGCGUGGACGUCGCAGGAAGAGACAGUUGUCGUUUACAACAGUAUGAUUAAUGCUCGAGGUUGUUUAUAUAGUAUUUCAGCGAAGACUGCAAUUAGCAAUUUUCGUCAAGUCGGAACCUGACCACUUUCUCUGGCGAUUUCCUCAAGCCAGGACCGUUUUGCUUGUCGGCGGUUACUCUGGCCAGCUUUUUCGACGUAGAAAUUUUUUAACUCGUCGACGAAAGUAAUAACUAAGUUACCAUGUCAUAUAUAUGGGCGGCCGUUACCACCAAAAAUAAAAUCAUGUUAAAACGAUACCGCCAGACAAGAAUCGGUUUGUUUAAAUUGUAAUCCAUCAGUAUACCAUGUGCGAAAUGAUUUCAGUAAAGUAAGAAUUCACUGAAACAUUUACAAAUGGUUUAAGUCAUACACAAAUGGUUCAAUGUAGAGUCGAAUGAUUUAAUCGAGAAACUGAAAUGGUUUAAAGCAUACGAAAAUGGUUCAAUGUAAUGUCGAAUGAUUUAAUCGAGACUGAAGUGGAGGUAUGACGAAACAAAUAAAAUUAAAUUAAACAAAUUAAUUCCGAUAAAAUGUUUUCGCAUGACAUACAAUUUUUUGCGCCGAAAUCACCAAAAAUACAAGUGUGAAAUGGACAAGUCAAGACUGGAGUUGCCUAGUCUAUGUGGGAUCUGACGUAAUGUUCUAAUGUUCGUUGUAACAUAGACCCGUGGACAGCUUCUCAUCUGACCAAAUCGGGUGAAUUUAGGUGAACCAUUUCACACAAACCCAACCAGACUAUUUUAUUGUAAGAAUGAUAAUUUCUUUUUAUUUGAACCAUUUCGUAACUCAUCACUAGACCAUUUGCGUUUUGUCUGUGCUAUUUGACAUGAUUGUAUUUUUGGUGGUAACGGCCGCCCAUACAUAUCGCUUCCUGCGCACGAUUCUGCCGUGAGUCUCACGAUUUUUUAACUUUUCUCACGACUAGACUCCCAAUAGGUAAUAGCAUGAUUUGUAGUGAUGUUUGGCAUAAAUACCACGAGUGAUAUUUCAAAAUUGUUUUACGUAAUUUCAUGAGCCGUUUGGCGAGUGAAAUUUGAGACAGUUUUGAAAUAUCGCGAGUGGUAUUUAUGCCAAAUAUCACGUACAAAUCAUGCUAUUAUUUGUUUAUACUACUACCCGCAAAGGUUUUGUAAUUUUCACAUGACUUGUAGGUAUUUCAAAUUAAGCUGAAAUACCACUGCUCUAAGCCAAUCAAAUUGCAGAAAUUUCUCAUGUAGUGGUAUCAUUAAGGAAAUAUCAUUCUGAAAUGAAAUGUUUCUCUGUUGAAUAAAAACGGAGAUGUUUACUGCUGCUCAAUCGCUAUUGAUUCUCCUCCGGUAUAAUUUAACUCUGUCAAAAAAAGGAAGACUGAUUGCAAAUUCAUUAUCAGCUUACAUUUCUAAAAACAUAGGCACGUUAAACGUGCAUGAGCUAUUUUAAAUGCUUCAGUGUAACUUUAAUGCUUCAGUGUAACCUUACCAAGAGUGUAAAAAUAAACCUUUUUCGUCCUAAAUGUAGACUGGGUUUUUGUGCGAAAUUGGGCAUUGCCGUAGAUAAAUGAUAACGCGAAACGAUCAGCUGCGUCGAUCCUCAUGCUAUAUACUCACUUUCCUCUGUUUUUUCUUGUUACAUUUGGUGCAAGUUAAACAAAUUAUUAAAAUAGAUAAAUAUCUACUCACCAAACGUUGAUUAGAAGGAAAACUCUAAGGUUUCCUCGGAGUUUCUUAAGCCAAAAGGUGACUCAUCGAAUUCGAGUAGUUAAGAAAUACCAGGAUUCUUAUCAUUGUUGUAGAUGGUUGCAUCAUCACAAUUCACGAGGUUUUCACGUGCGAUUCUACUCAGUGAAACAGUCCUUAACUCCGACAACUUAUUUCUUCAUGUUUUAAAAACUAUUGCUUCUCAAAAGACAAGAGCCUUUUUUAAGGCAUUGGUUACAAAACGACGCAGGUCUUCAUACGUUCAAGUUACUAUUAUUAUUGUGAAAAGCCAAUCUGCAUGAGAUGUACAGUCACAUAACUGGCACGUGAAAGUGUUAGACUUUGUCCCCUUUCGUGGUUCGUACGUGAGGGAAUUCGAGUUAUCACACGGUAAUCUAGUAAACAGAAUUAUAAAAAUAACUCAUGCACACAAUUUGCACGUGAAGAUGUUUGCCUUUGGACCUUUGACAAUUGGUACGUAAAAAAAACGUAGAUUAUUUACAAAAUUUUCUCAACGAUUUUAAGAAAUCACCUCGGCUUCAUUACAACAUCUGCAAUUAAAUUAUGUUUCAUGCAACGUCAAGGUUGAUAGCCUAAUAUUUAUUAACUUUCAAAAAAAUUAUCAAACUGCCGAAAUAUAUUUCUGUUCAUAUCAUGUUACUCCACUCAAUAAAACAGUGUCUAAUUAUUGUGUCAACUAGCUUCUUCCAAUUUUAUUCCCUAACGCUAAAUAAAAUACGUUUCAAUAACUAUGAUGCUUAGUAUGCAGGAAGGAUGUAUCACGUUGUUCACUUAUUUUUUUUUCUUUUGCCAGAACGAAAAAGGUCUGUUGAACUUUGUAUAAAGCGAGAGAAUAAUAUUUUUAAAGCUUGUUUACAGGAUUAACAAUACUCGCCACAGCUUUAAAAAAAAUAAGCUGCUUUUCAAACUUGUAAAACCACAUUUUAUAGUCCGCAUACUUUCAAAUUAAAGUCCAUAUCUAAAUAUCAAUUAUUGCUUCACUGGAAGAGCUUUGAAAAAAUAUCUGGUCUUUUAUACUCUACCUUGAAGAAGGUGAAACACAACUCAUAAAUACGUGCGUCAUUACCGUUCGCGAUAGCCGAAUUUGGUCAGAAAUGUCUUGAAAUAGCAUCCACACUAAAAUAUGAACCCUUAAACAGCUGCAUCACUGUACACAGCGUUUGAAUCAUGAAGAUAUUUAAUAUAAUGUUUCCAAACACCUGUAGCCGUAAUAAAAGACGAAAUAAUUGUGAAGAAUCAAGAUGGCGAUCUCAAAGUGCCCUUGUUCGACCUUUAGCAAUGUCAUGUUUAAGUAGAUGCCAAGAUCUUAUUGGUUCCUAAGCAUCAACUCAUAGUACCUUCAACCUUACUGGCUCUUGCAACAAACAUCCGAACAUACAAAGUUACAAAGAUACGAAGAUACAAAGCCACAAAGAUACAUACGCUCACACCACUGACAUAUGAGCUAUUUUAUUUUUUAGCCAUAGGCAACAGGGGUCUUUUUUGUAUUAGCAUGCGCGACCGCUGAAUAAGCGACUUGCAUGGAGGCUCACCACAGGGUCUCUCUUCGUCAAAAUGGCGCGUCUCAAAGCUAUCAUCGCGAUAUUUUUGCUCGUUGGUCUUGGCGAAUGUGCUCGUGAUUUAACAAAAUGUGUAGUUAAUUUGCAAAAAAACUCUAACAUCUUCUCAACAAAAGCGAAGUAGACCGGCUUUAACAUACCACGAGCUACUAUCAAAUUUCGUCUCCCCACUUGACCUGGACAACAGCGCGCGUAUAUGUAGUGCUUGUAGGAUUGCGCUGACCUCAUUGAUCAAAGUCUAAACAAACCGCUGAAACGUUUAUUGAUGUAAGUAAUCACUUUCGAUUUUGAAAAGUAAGAAUUUGUUCAUGGUUAGCGUGCGUAUAUCGAGUUAUGGAUGCACGCGAUAGCCAAGUGCAACUCUAGCUUCUUUAGUGCUCUCCAAACUUUCCAAGUGCAUCCAUAACUCGAUAUACGCACAGCUAAAAGCAUGAUCAAAUUCUUUUAUAACAUAGCUGACAAAAAUGCUUGCUUUUUGAUUAACUACAAAAUUCUCGUAAUGCGCGACACAAUAACAAAUUGAAUGAAAACUCUUUCUGUAAAACUGAGAAAGAAAAUUUGCUUAUUUAUUCGUUAACGAUCAAUGAAAACUAAAACAAAACAAAAGUAAAAGAGUCUUAAAGUCCACCCAACAUUAAAAUACUCACAUGUCCGUAAGAAGUCGUGGAGUUUCGUGGAGUAUGGUUUGGAUUUGCUUAAAAGAUGUUUAUGUUUUUCCAUGGAUAAUAGAAAGUCUUUCUAUUAUCCAUGGUUUUUCUGGGCGAAAUCCAGAAAACUUGUUUUUUACCGAAGACGACUGUCAUCCUACUUUAACCUUGUAUUCAUUUACGAACAAUGGCUGGUCAUUACGGCUUCUUGAGAAGACCUGGCAGCAGUUGUUUUUGUGAGUAAUACAUUUGUGUCUUCUUGUGUAAUUUGUCUUGUUAGAGUCUUGUUAUUGCGAGAGAAAUUUUCCUGCUUCAGUCGAAUCUUUUGACAGAUUUUGAUGAAACAAACGGUUAGUUUCCCAAGAAGUACAGUAAACAUGUGAUGCCGACCAAAAGUUAAAAAUUAUUGGAGCACUCAACUGAGUUCUGGCUAAAAGCAAAUUCCUGUACAAGAAGCGUUACAAAAUUAGUCCACGAAAACACAAGAACUUCUACAAUUUUCCGAUAAACGAACUUUGUAUCGCUAAAAUACUUAAUGGAAAACCUUUCAAUUCCAACUGAUAACGGCGUGGUAGUCGCCCGCUGAUCGUUAUUAAUCCACUCCCGAAAUAUGUCUGAAUCAGCGAUCCUCAAACUAUUGACAGAAAUCCUCUACGGCAUUGAGAAACUAAUUUACAUCUGAUUUAUUGACAAACACUAAAUAAAGAACAUUUUGCUCAAUACCUACCCAUCAGCAAUGCAUUCUAUGCCAAACUUUCGGUUCUUGAAGGGCAAUCAAGACACGAGUUGGGCUCCAAAAAACAACAAGCAGCCAUGUUUAUGUCAGACACCCUAAAGAAACUUGCUCUUUCACCUCGUUCAGCGCAUCAGUCUCCACUUUAAAUCACCAGAUCUUUACUUAUAUUAUGUACAACGAAGAUCUAUCCUACUAUUUUAAUCUCAAGCAAACUUUUAAAGUGAAGAAUUUGGUUCUAUGACUAUGCAUCACGGGCGUUGUCACUGGUCGCGUGCUGUUUAUCAAGUCUUAGUGCGCAUGCUCGUGCAAAAAAAGACCCCUGUUGCCAUAGGUACCCUUUGAUUCUUUACAUUGGUUAAAAGCAAGUUUAGGCGUUCAGAUAGUGGGGACGGCGUCAAGAGAACGGAACAGGGAAACCACUGCAAGUGGUAGGGAGAGAGAGGGAGAAAACACGUACUGUGCUUUCUCCUCUUCGGUUUUCUUUUUACGCUCCGGUUCUUAUUUCGCACCUCUCUCCACUAUCUAAACGCCCUGAUUAGACAAUCCAGCGACAAGGGCCCGUACCGCUCAGCAAGAGAGUUUCAUGUUCUAGUUUUAAACGUCGUUCUCUGGGUCUCUGGGCCGGGGGACGUAAAGGGCUGUAUACGCCUGGUGUAGUUUCGUGAAAUAUCCCAUCCACUUACAUCUUUUUCGAGAAAAUGUUCGUGUUCCUUUUUGCGAUUUGUAGAAUAGACUUAAAAUACAAUGCGAGACUUGUAAGUCAGGUUUUUCUGAACCAAUAAGGCCGUUCUAAAAGUCUUCUUAAUCAGUACAAGUAUUGCAGCAGUUAAUGAGUACUGUAGAAGCCCGGUAACUUGGGCUCUGAAGGUAAAGGAAAAACAGUUCGCGUUAGCGGAGAUUCGAGUUAUUGGGGUCGAUUGAAUUUUCGAUUUGCUAUGAUUUUUUAGCACUUAGCAACAGUACGGUGCAAAGUAAACGGGGUCCCAUCAGAAACGUUAACACGGUUACUCUUGAGAUGGUGCAGGGAUGUGACAGGCAAAAACGUGAUCUGUUCGUUGCACAAUUAUUAACAUCUAAGUGCUGUAGUUUAAGUUCAAGUGUUUUUACCGAUUACGCGGCGCGAAAAACUAACUGGACGUCGUCGCUGGUGAGUUGCAAGAACCACGAUAACUCGAGUUGUUGGGGUAACUUUUGAUCAAGGGAGACAAAAUUUAGUUCGAGUUAGCGGGGAAGGUCGAGGUUUCCGUGUUCGAGGUAUCGCCGGGACUACACAGUAGUGAGCCGUAUGUCUAGCUAAGUCUUGUUGCCAAAAGGAGCUACAUUGUAACAUUUUUCUCAAUACGAUGUGUCUUUUCUUCCUCGCUAUUUAUAGGAAACUUGACAUAUGUCAGUGCCGUACCCGAGAAGCCUUUAUGAAGGAGGCGUUUCCUCAAAUCAGGCACGUAAUUCUGGACGAGGUCCAGAAUUUUCGAGCUAAAGAUGGAGAUUGGCUAGAAAAAGCCAGAGCGCUCGUCGUGCAAGACUUCACUGAACGUGAAUUCAGUCACUAUGACUUCGCCUCUGACACUGAAAGUUUUUUGGAGUCCGAAUCCGAAACUGAACAGGACAACUCUGAUACAAACUUUGUGGCUGAACGUUAUCCACAGUGCAGCAACGAUGACCACGUCUCUGACAAUGAAAGUGUUUUGGAGUUUUUCGAGGAAUCUGAAAGUGAACAGAACAACUCUGAUACAAACUGUGUCGCUGGACUUGAUCCACAGAGCAGCAUUUGCCAAAGUGAUGGCCCAGGCUAUCUGUGGUGUUUCAUUGACAAAGGUCAAAGAAUUUAUAAGUCACCAUCAGGCAUACCAGAACGUCUUCCCCAGAGCUUUAGUCUUAGGAAAGUGAUAAGGAACUCCAAACGGAUCUUCGACCACGCCGAAGAAUUCCUUGAUAAGCGAUCUUGGCAUCUCCAAAGAGUACCUGUGGGGACUUCAUCGCGCGGAGGUUACUUACCGUUCGCAGGGGAGGUGACAAUAGGCCACGAUUUCGACGGAGAACAAAGUGAGGUAGAAUAUUCAGAAGGAGAACGAAUUGCUUGUUUGAUUGAAGUACUUGAGUCGCUGUUAAAAGAAGGGUACAGUAAAGGCGAUAUCGCUGUUUUGUGUUUCACAAAACCCCUAGAAGGCGAUGAACUUGAACAGUUGCAAAAGUUUACUUUAACCGUGAAUGCUGAAAGAAAUGAUGAUGACAAUAUUGUUCUCAGCACCGUGAGGGAGUAUGGUGGUUUGGAACGGCCUGUCGUCAUUCUCUUUUUCGAUUCGUUCAAUUCGUUCGGAGAAAUGUGGCGGCUUAAUCGGGUAAAAUAUUGUGCUGUCACUCGUGGAAUGGUUAAACUUAUUACUCUGAAGAAAAAAUCAAGGGGAAGAAAAAGAAAAGAAAUCAAUUAA